GGAACCCACCUGGGCUGGAUACAGCCCCAGGAGCCUCCUCAGACCAGCUCUCAGCACCCAGCUCUCAGCCUAGCCCUGCUGCUGUGUCAUGGAGGGAGUGGUCCGGGGCCUCCUCCUGCUGGCAGGCCUGCCCGUCCUGGAAGCCAAUGACCUGGUUGAUAAAGAUAGUCCCUUCUACUAUGACUGGGAAGGCCUGCAGCUGGGCGGGGUGAUCUGUGCAGCACUCCUGUGCAUCGCUGGAAUCUUGUUCGCCCUGAGUGGCAAAUGCAAAUGCAAGCAAGAUCAUAAGCACAGCUCCUUACCCGAGAAAGCCGUUCCACUCAUCACUCCAGGCUCUGCCAGUACCUGCUGAGCACAGGACCAUGAGCACAGGACCAGCUUCACGGCACUUCCUGAACCAGCUCCCAUACUGUCCCCUCCCCCUUGGGGGACUUUACCCUUCAUGAUGGCCUUUCUCUCUGAAGGUGGGCCCUUAGGCUCCCUUAUGCUCGGGAGGCUGUCCAGAGCUUAUUUCUAAAUUAAACUUUUCUCCUCCCUCCUGUGGUCUUAUGACCUUCUGUGGGUCUGGUUAGGGACAGGCAGGCUGGAAAGGGG